AUGGCCGCUUCUCAGGGACAGCUGACCUUCAGUGAUGUGGCCAUAGAAUUCUCUCAGGAGGAGUGGGCGUGCCUGGACCCAGCUCAGCGGAAACUGUACAUGGACGUGAUGCUGCAGAACUACAGGAACCUGGUAUUCCUGGGUGUGUCUAAGCCAGACCUACUCACCUUUUUGGAGCACAUGAAGGAGCCCUGGCAGUUGAAGAGAAAAAAGACAAUACCCAUUCAUCCAGCUAUAUCUUCUCAAGUCAUCCAGGGUUUGUUGCCAAAGUCAAGUGUAGAAGUAUCAUUCCAGAAAAUGUUACAGACCUCAUGGCCCACCAGUGAUUUGUGGACCAUUGGUUGGUGA